CACUGUCCGCACGUGUGUGGAACACGCGAGGUGACACAGACGGCCGCAGAUAUUCAUCGUUUCACUUCUUGCGAGGUGCGCGUACGUGUGUAUAGUCGACGGCGAAGGGCGCCGUCGUUCGUCGUUCUCAAGAGGGUGUGUCCUGAUCAUCAGCCACCAAGAUGUUCCAGCCGACAACUAUACAGGAGAGCAUCAUCCCGCUGUUAGUGGCGAACAUUAUAGUCGGCACGGGAAUUUGGUCCAGCAAGCGGGGCAGGCUCCUAAAUGUCGCGUAUUCGUUGAUUUGCAUGGUGAGCUAUUGUUAUCUGAUGAAGCUGUCGGUGGAAGACUUGGACUCUUAUUGGAGGCGCAAGGUGAUCGAUCUCGGCAACACGACGUUCCAAGCGAUCUUCUACGCCAACAUUUGCUUGACGUUGUGCCUCAUCCCUUGCGGCUGGUUGAGGAGAAAGCACAUGAAGGCGGCGAUGAUGCGCAUCCUGAUGUGCGAGAAAACCAUGGAUCAAAUGGGACUGCAGAAGAACUAUCGGAAAUUGUUUCUGAAGCAGCUUUAUGCCCUCAUGUUCGUCGUGGUGGUAUUCGUUGUAUUCAUGGUGGUCAAUUACGACGGGAUGUUCGUGGAGGAGACGCCGGUGCAUAUGAGAAUCGUCAUCAUGUUCGCCGUAAAUUAUCCCGUCGUGCUGCUCUACGUGAGCGACGUGACGUUCUUGCACUGGGUCAGCUAUUCGAAGACUCGGUUCGAGCAGUUGAACAACCUGCUGCAAGGCAUGUUAACGACCACGCCCGACUCGCCGCAGCACAAGAGGGUGCUGAAAAUGAAGGACGAGUGGAACAAGAGCGGUACCUUCAUCACAUCCGCGACGCAGCAGGAUCGCAGGACCAAGGACAACACCGACACGAUGAGGGCCGUCAAGCAGGUCCACUUGGAAUUAAUCAAGUCCACCAGGAGUACGAAUGAAGCGUACGGCAUACAGAUCCUCCUUUCCAUGACGGUAUCGUUCGUGUUCAUCACCAGUCUUCUGUACUACGCUUAUUCGAUUUUCUGGGAGACCAUGCCCAGGGAAACUUUCCGACGGGAGAUGAUACCGCUUGUCGGCUGGAUUCUGUUCUACUCGUCGAAGGUCCUCGUCAUAAAUCAUAUGUGCGCAAUGGCGAGCAUCGAGGCCGCGAACACGGGCGAUAUAAUCUGCGAGCUGUACGAGCCGUCGACCAGCAAAGAAUUUCGCGCGGAGAUACGGGACUUCACUCUGCAGCUGAUACAGAACCCGUUAAUUUUCACUGCGUGUGGAUUCUUCAAUCUGGAUCACACGUUCAUUCACGGGGUCAUUGGCUCGGUCACCACGUAUCUUGUAAUUCUUAUCCAAGUCGGAGAUUUACCAGGGGACAAGUCAUCAAAUUCUACUAUCAAAUACAACGGCACGAAUCUCACUAUGACCGAUGUGUUUACAACAGCUGCUUAUCCAUAAGAGAAAAAUUUUCGCGUACUUUUGGUCUCAUUUCUCAUCGUUCCGUAUGGAUUAACGAAAUUGAAGAUUUGUUCAAGUGUGAUUGUUUGAAUACGUAUACUUUGUAAGCGUAGUGUGACGGGAAGACAAAAGGAAGUCAAUUCUUUUUUUUUCUUAAUGGCUGUUAAAACCUUUAUGCACGGAUAUGAUAAUAUAUUUUUAGCAAAUUAGAGUAUUUAUGUAUAUAUUAUAAAAUGUUAUAUAUCUUUUUCUACAAAAACGAUAUCGAUUUGUCUUAUCUCCGUCAACUCUCUAAGCAGGCGAUAGUCGCGAGAUAAAGAGUGAUUUUGGCCGGGCUAAAUUUAUCUUAUAGCGCUCGAUGAGCCCUCUUUACGUUCUCAUCUUCGCGAUCGUAGACGCGGAAGGGACGACGCUGCAAGGUGUUUAAUUGUCCGAUCAGUUAACGAGGAUCCGAUGAGAUCGAAUUCCACCCGACGAUUUUCCGCCAAUUAGAACGCCGGCGGGGAUAUCGUGUCAAUUACGCUACCCUAAGUGCACUUAUCCUGCUCGGCUACCGUCCAGAUGGAGGUGUUAGCCCGUGAAAUUCGGCCCUGCCGUAAUUCAAUAGCUCCUAACUCGGGCACAGCCUCCUGUAUUCUCAGAUCAAUUAUACGCGCGAGUCGCAACGUGAAAUUUUCGCGGGACUUCUCUCUUUCUUCUCCCACAGAUCCGUUAUAAUUAACAAUAUUAUCCUCAUACCAUGUUUUAUAUUUAAUUGUAAUACAUAUAAAAGUAAUGCAUGUGUUACCUUUUUGCCUGUUGUUCCUUCGACGUGCGGAUCUCGUAGUGUUUUGCGCUUGUUCUCCAAUUCAUUUUCAUCUUUUCUCUCUAUUUGUAGAAUGCUGCAAUCGCCGCACGAUCUUAUUUCUGACAAAAAACAAGAAUUCAAAUGAUUUAAACAUCGAAAUCUCUUUAAGUUGCCAGUAAUAGAUAACAAUAAUCAA